UGCUGAUUCAGAACUAGCAUGUUAUGGAUUAAUUUUCAAGGAAUCCUCUAUUUUUGCGGUUAAAUGUGCAACAUUAAUUGUUAAAGGCAAUUUACCUGUGCUGCCGAAAUGCUUCGCGAGAAAAUGUGGUUGAUUUUGAUGUAGCUCUGCUCAUUUUUACUUGGAGUAACAGAAGCAGGUCAGAAUCAGUGUUUAGAAACUGAAUUUCGUCCGUCUGAAAGUAGAAAGUAAUAUAUCUUCGAGGGGGAGUAUGCUGGGAAAGAGAAUUUGUGUUGGAUGGAAUCGGUUGCUUUUAGGUCUUCCUCUAGUCAUCUUAAUAACCCACAUGCUCUCAGUUAAAGAGCUCCAUCAACAGACUAAUUUGGGGGAUGUACAUAAAGAAAAGCCAAAGAAAUUUGAUCAUCUUAUUCUUGGACCUGCUGCUGGUGAAGGACUGCCUGACCGUUUGCAAUGCCAAGGAAUAAAGGCUCUUAACAAGAUACAUUUUGGAAUGUCCCGUAACAAUUCUCGCUCAAUAGAUCCCGUGGCUUUUGUCACUGUGUUUACUAUCUACAACUCUACUGUUGAGAGCAGACCAGUUGAUUUGGUUACUGUUGGGAACAUUUCAUACAACAAAGUGAAGAGGUCGUUGGCCAUUUUGAAUGUUUUCAUAAAUUUCAUUCAGGUGAACAUGCCUCAAAGCAAAGUUAUCAUUCUUACUGAUCCUGCCUCAGAGCUUCCACUGCAGAAAGAUAUGGUUACCAUAAAACCAAUACAAGGUGAAUAUUCACGAGACAAGUUGAUGCUUCAAAGAAUCAGGUCUUACAUUGCCUUCUUGGAAACAAGGCUUGAGAAGCUGAGUCAGAAGCAGGAGCAAUUUACUCAUUUCAUUUUUACAGACUCAGAUAUCGCAGUAAUAGAUGACCUGGGACAAAUAUUCAUUGACUAUCCAAAUUUUGAUCUGGCUCUCACCUUCCGAAAUAACAAAGAGCAACCUCUAAAUUCAGGAUUUAUUGCAGUACGCGGCACUGCUGAGGGAAUUCAAAGGGGGAAGGCUUUCUUACAAGAAGUGCUGAAAGUGUACAGUUCAAAAUUCAUGAAAGCUUCUCGAAUGCUUGGAGAUCAAUUAGCUCUUGCGUGGGUUGUACGAUCUAACCCCAAUUUUAAUGUGAGAAGGUUUUCCAGAAGAGAGGCUUUUCUAGACAAAAUAGGUGGUGCUUCAGUGCUAUUCUUGCCUUGCUCCAGUUAUAAUUGGACACCACCAGAGGGCGCCGGCCAAUUUCAUGGCAUGCCGUUGGAUGUGAAGGUAGUGCAUUUCAAGGGAUCAAGAAAGCGACUUAUGCUGGAGUCUUGGAACUUUUUCUCGUCUUCUUCUGACCUCUCAGAUACGCUAUGCCUUAUUUUGAAGAGUGGAAGAACAAAAUAUGAUUUCUGAACUCUGUAUAGGUUUCUUUGGGUCUGCAACAAUCGUAGUUUGUUGUGAAGUUGUGAUAGUGACUAGUGUUGGACUUUGAUGCGCGAGUAGUUAUCAAUUCAUCAAAACUUGUCUUCGUUUUUCUGAAUUUCACAUGGCUGCUGCUAAUGCAAUAGUUUCCUGAGAUGAUAAGAAAUCCAUUGUUGUUGAAAUGUCUUGUAUAUUACAAUUUACAAUAGCCGCUUUGCACUGUUGAAGUAAUUUUGGUUGGAAGGUUUUAAUUAUUGAAUUACUUCUAAUA